GCUGGGAGGGAGAGCCGCCCAUGGCUUUUGAUCCUCCGUUCAUCGUCCGCCGUUUGUCCACUUGCUCCGUCAAGCCAUCUCCGCCACAUUCCCGCACCCGGUGCCACCUCGCGCACUGGGACCUCGCCAUGCUCUCCAGCCACUACAUUCAGAAGGGCCUCCUCUUCUCCACGCCCCGCCACCUCACCGCCGUCGCUAUCAUCGAACGCCUCAAGUCCUCGCUUUCCGCUGUCCUUUUCCACUUCUUCCCCCUCGCCGGCCGCAUCGCCGCAGAGGAAGCCCUCGACGCGUCGGGCAUCUACGUGUCGAUUGACUGCGAUGGCCAGGGAGCUGAGUUCACCCACGCCGUCGUCGAGGGCGCCCCGACGACGGUCGCGUCCGUUCGGUCGCCUUCGAGCAACGUGCCACUGUUCGUCCGCUCUUUCUUCCCCCUCGACGGCGCCGUUAACUACGACGGCCGGUCGCUGCCGCUGCUCGCGGUGCAGGUGACGGAGCUGGCUGACGGCAUCUUCCUCGGUUGCUGCUUCAAUCAUGUGGUGGGCGACGGCGUCUCGUACUGGCAGUUCUUUAAGGCAUGGGCCGAAAUCGCUCGAGGCGGAGCCCUGCAGUCUAAUCCACCCGUCCAUCGGCGUUGGUUCUUCGACGGAUCGUUCGAACCGCCGAUUAAGCUCCCUUUCACACGGCCGGAGGAGUUCAUCGAGCGGUUCAGGAUGCCUGUUUAUCGUGAACGGGUCUUCCACCUGGCCGCUGGUUCGAUCGCCGGACUGAAAGCCAGAGCUAACAAAGAAAGCAGCUCGAGUUCGGGGGCCACAAUAUCCUCCUUCCAAUCCGUGACGGCGUUGCUUUGGCGAUGUAUCACGCGCGCUCGCGGCCUUCCGGCCAAACAGACCACCAACUGCCGGGUGGCGUGCCAGAACCGCGAGCGGCUGCGUCCGCCGCUCUCGCCGGAGUACUUCGGGAACUCGAUCCACGCCCAAAUGGCCACCGCCACGGCGGGGGAGCUUCUGGCUCGCGACCUCGGGUGGGCCGCGCGGCUCGUCCACCAGGCGAUCGCGGCGCACACUGAUGGUAGCAUACGGAAGGCAGCGGCAGGGUGGCUGGCGAAGCCGGUGGUGUAUAAGGUGAGCAUGUUCGACCGUUUCAGCGUGAUGAUGGGCGGGUCGCCGCGGUUCGACGUGUACGGGUGCGACUUCGGGUGGGGACGGGCGGUGGCGGCGAGGAGUGGAACAGCGCACAAGUUCGACGGGAAGGUGACGUUCUACGCGGGGCCGGAAGGGGGUGGCAGCAUGGACUUGGAGAUAUGCCUGGAGCCUGCAUUCAUGGAGGCGCUGGUGGAGGACGAGGAGUUCACGAGCAAUGUGAGUGUUGCGGGAAUGGUAGAUUAAUUUUAGUAUUUUUUUUAUUAUUUUACUGAGUUAAUUUUUGAGAGUGUUUUAGUCAUAUUUAGGGUCUUAGUCUUUAUAUUCGUCAUGUUUAAUAUUUUGAGGGAAUUUAUGGUCAUGUUUAAUAUUUUAAUAUUUUG